UACUUUAUAAUUGUCAUGGUGGUUGGAAUCUGGUCAUCAAUGCGUGUCAAUCGCAGCACUGUUGGGGGGUACUUCUUGGCUGGUCGUUCAGUGACUUGGUGGCCUAUUGGAGCCUCUCUGAUGUCCAGUAAUGUUGGCAGUGGUUUAUUUAUUGGUCUAGCAGGGACAGGAGCAGCUGGAGGAAUCGCUGUUGGGGGAUUUGAAUGGAACGCAUCGUGGGUUCUGGUAGCUCUGGGUUGGAUAUUUGUCCCCGUUUACAUCUCUGCUGAAGUGGUAACAAUGCCUGAAUACCUGGCCAAACGCUUUGGAGGCCAGAGGAUACGCAUAUACAUGUCUGUUCUGUCACUUAUUCUCUACAUUUUCACCAAAAUAUCAACAGACAUUUUUUCCGGGGCAUUGUUUAUCCAGGUGUCAUUUGGGUGGAAUCUGUAUCUGUCUACAGUCAUACUGUUGCUGGUGACUGCUGUCUACACUGUGGCAGGUGGUUUGGCAGCUGUGAUCUACACUGAUGCUCUCCAGACUUUGAUCAUGGUUGGAGGAGCUUUUGCCUUAAUGUUCAUAGCAUUCUCCAAGGUGGGCUGGUAUGAGGGCCUUAUGGAUCGUUACAUGUCAAGUAUUCCCAAUGUGACUGUUCCCAACACCACCUGCCACUUACCCCGUAGUGAUGCUUUCCACAUGUUCAGAGACCCUGUAACAGGGGAUUUACCCUGGCCAGGUCUACUGUUUGGGCUCACCGUACUGGCUACAUGGGUCUGGUGCACAGAUCAGGUUAUAGUCCAAAGGUCUCUGUCAGCCAAAUCUUUGUCUCAUGCUAAAGCAGGCAGCGUGUUGGGUGGCUAUCUCAAACUGCUCCCUAUGUUCUUCGUUGUGAUGCCAGGAAUGAUAAGUCAAGCACUAUUCCCAAAUGAGGUUGGUUGUGUGGAUCCAGAUAUCUGUCAAAGUGUGUGUGGUGCUUCAGUUGGUUGCUCUAACAUUGCUUACCCUAAACUUGUAAUAGAGCUAAUGCCUGUGGGACUUCGUGGUCUGAUGUUGGCAGUGAUGUUAGCUGCUCUUAUGUCAUCCCUGACUUCCAUUUUUAAUAGCAGCUCUACUCUGUUUACACUGGACCUCUACCACAAAGCCAGGCCUAAAGCUUCUGAGUUGGAACUUAUGAUAGUUGGAAGGGUGUUCAUCCUCGUCUUGGUGUGUCUUAGUCUGCUGUGGAUUCCUGUUGUCCAGACAGCCAAUAGUGGACAGCUGUUUGACUAUAUUCAGUCAGUGACCAGCUUUUUAGCACCUCCCAUUACUGCUCUAUUCCUAAUGGCUAUCUUUUGGCCACGAGCCAACGAGCAGGGUGCAUUCUGGGGUCUGAUGGCUGGACUAGUGAUAGGACUGAUCCGAAUGGUUCUGGAGUUCUCCUAUUCACCUCCUUCCUGUGGUCAGCCUGAUCACCGGCCUGCAGUCCUAGCUGAUGUCCACUACUUGUACUUUGCUCUCAUCCUGUUGGCUCUCACAUGCCUCAUCAUUGUUGCUGUAAGCCUGGCCACUGCCCCAAUACCUAAAGAAAAUCUGCAUAGGCUGACCUGGUGGUCCAGACAUAGUCUUGAACCGCGGAUGGAUCUCUCAAGUCUUCAGAUCACCUCUGACCAAGUGGACUCUAACCUCAGCUCAGAGUCUGACCGAUUGCAAGAAUCCACUUGGAAGAAAGUUGUUCUGUGGCUUUGUGGUUUGUCUAGUUCACGCUCCGAGUCGGCAGCUCCAGUGAUUCAAAGCAGUGAACGAAACUUCCUCCAGGAGAAGUCACUCUGGAGAAUAGUCUGCAAUGUUAACGCCCUGCUACUGCUGGUUGUUAACGUGUUUCUCUGGGGAUACUUUGCUUAAUGUGGUCAUGAAAUCUUGAACAUGUUGUUGUUUUUCUUACUUCUUACUCUUCUUAAUAACUUUACUUUUCUAAACUAUUCAGGAAAGAAGUGGGACAGAAAAAGGAUUCUCAGAUAUGAAACAAUGAACUAAUUAUUCUCUAUUGUAUACUGUAUACUGUAUACAGGCGAGAGAGAUAAGAUUGACAUCCAGUUAGCUCAUUAACUGCCUUUGUUAGCAAACAAUGUACAGCUCAAUCUGCUCAACUUGAAAAAAUAAAAUAGCCCUUUAUUGUGAUUGUUCAUGUACAACAAAAUUAUGACAUGAGUACAAGUGCAUCUGACAGGUACAGUUAGGAAGUAGUGCAAAGGACUUGUCUGAGUAUAGAGUCUGUAUGUGAGUGUAGGUUUUUUGCCACUGUUCUGGUAGACGUUGAUCUUGGUUUCAUCUGUCCAAAGAAUGUUUUUCUCGAACUG